AUGAAUACCCCUUUCGAGAUCACUGCAGACGGUUACGAAGGGCAGUUUCAGACAAACUACGUCUCGCACUGGCUCUUGACAUACCAACUCCUCCCUCUUCUCACGGCCACGGCCAUGGCCAGCCCGCCAGGCACAGUUCGCUUCGUCAAUGUCACCUCCGAUGGCCACAGCCUCUUCGCGCCAUCCGAGGGCAUCAAGUUCGAUGACAUCAACAUGGAAGUCGCCGGCUCCAUGACGCGCUACGGGCAAUCGAAGCUGGGAAACGUGCUGCACGCAAAGGAGCUGAAUCGACGAUACGGGCCGGGCUCGGGAGUAGAGGGCGCCAUAUGGACUGCUGCUGUGCAUCCUGGGCAUAUUCACACGUCUCUCGAUACGACGCCUAAGUUAACGUCCAUCCUGCGCUGCAUGGGAAUCCUCGACGACGUCGACAACGGCAGCAUCUCGUCCGUCUUUGCCAUCGCCAGCGCGGAUUUCAAAGAGAAUCACUCGGGCGGGUACGUCGUGCCGUAUGCCAAGAUCGGCAAGCCGAGCAAGAACGCGACCAAGGCAGACCUGACGCUCAGGCUAUGGAAGUGGACGGAAGCACACCUGAAAAGGAAAGGUCUGCUGUGA